AUGCCUUCUGAUGAUGAGAUCGUCAACAUCCUUUCGCUGGAUGGCGGAGGAGUCCGUGCCUUGUCAGAAGUCAUGAUGCUUGAUAGGAUCAUGAAAAGGAUCCAAGAGAAGAACGGCCUCACGGAGAUUCCGAAACCGUGCGAUUACUUCCACUUGAUCGGAGGUAUUGGCACUGGAGGAAUCGCUGCCAUACUUUUCGGAAGGCUACGCAUGACGACUACCGAGGCUCUUACGGGGUAUGAGAACAUUGCCAGUGAGAUUUUCAGUACCCGAAAGAGGAGGCUUGAGUUCUCCAUCGAUUUCAGAGAGGAAAAGGUCGAGAAGGGGAUGAAGAAGGUCAUGAAAGACCGCAAAGACGGCAAUCUAAUGAGAGACGAAAAGGGGGAACGUUCCACCGGGAAGUCGUUUGUGGUUGCUCGACGAUCGGAUGGUUCCUUACGCCGAAUACGUGCCUACCGUCACGGGCAGAAUCAACAGAACCUCACCAUCUAUGAAGCUGCAAGGGCAACUGCAGCGAGCAUAGAGUCCUCCGGGGACCGGUAUUUCGCUGAUGAUACCAAAGACUACAAGAACCCAAUAAGAGAAGUGCUUGAGGAGGCAACAGAAGUCCUGGAGAACACAGCCAAGGUUGGUUGUGUUUUGAGCCUUGGGGCAGGCACCAAAGACAUACACAACCGCUACGAACCGACAAAAGAUGGCAAAAAACGACACACCGAAAAGACCGAUAACGAUAUGAGGAGGCGUUUCGCUAAUGUCCCAGACACAUACUUUCGGCUCAAUGUCUAUGACAUGGCCGACAAAGUCGAAGCUAAUAAAUCCCACGAGAUUCCCGCGGUAAAGAGCGAAACAGAGCGGUGGCUAGGCACAAGUGCCAUAAGAGGUGUAAUCGACAGAAUCGUCGACGUCCUCACCAACGGCACCACAUCAGGUGUGACCGUCGACAAACUCACGCUGGAUGAAAUAAACCCCAAGCUGAAGCAGGGGGAAACCGCCGAAUCUCCCACAACACAUCCAGUGUCCCAAGCCAACACAAACCCAAAGCAACCCACACACAACAACAAUGACAUGGACCCGGACGACCCUACCUACCGCUCAGAACAAGCCGACCUCUGGGCUCAAUACUCCGAAUACGCCUCCACCCUCGGCCCUUCCUCGCCCGAAUCCCUCACCCUCCUCGACCGCAUUUUCGAACAUAUGCUUACCCACAAGCACCUCUCCUGCUCGCUCCGCGUCGCCGAGGAGGCCUACAAGCGCUGUCUCGCACGCAACGGCCCCUCCGCGCUCACUACCAGCUCACAUUUCGGUAGUGUCAUCAAGGCGCAGAUACUUCUAGGCGAGGUCUUCCGCGCUUAUGAUCUUCAGGAGGAGCUGGUUAGUCUUUUCACGAAAACAUUAGGUCCUGAGCAUGCGAUUACACAGCAGGCGAUGGAGACGCUGGAGAAGCUGAGGGAAAAUAAAAGAAAAAGGGAGUGGGGGAUGGAGAGCGCCAUGUCGAUCAUGAUGAAGCAUGAGGAUUGGGUGAGGGGAAGGCCGGAGGCGGUGUUGAGGGUUGAAAUCGGGGAUGAGGGGUAUGAGCAGAGGGGUAGGGAUUAUGUAAACGCGGUUGUAGUAUACGCGGCGGUCCAGGUGGGGGAUGUUUGUAAGGCUAGGGGGGGAUGUAAAGAGAGGGGGUUUGGGGAGGUGGAUGGUAGGUUGGGGAUAAGUGCUUCUAAGGAUGCUGAGAUGGAGAUGGGGUUGGUUGAUGAUUUUAGUUAG